AUGUCCUCUACUCAAGAUUCCGCCACCAAGAUCUCUAUCGAUAGAUUCGAUGGAGACAACUACGCGACGUGGAGCCGCUACAUGCGUGGCGUGUUCCUGACCAAGUCGACGUGGCACGUGGUCAACCGGGAGACCACCCCCACCUUCGCCGAUCCUCGCGCCAGUGAUGAGUACGUCAAGACGAACAACAUUGCGUUCGGCUUGAUGUUACUUCACAUGAGCGCGGACUAUCAUCACGUGGUUGAUGACUGCGACGAGGCAUGGGUUGCGUGGACACGGUUGAAGACUCUCUACGGCGGAUCGCAGAAGGCGGGACGGAUCUUCUUGAAGCGGCAGCUGUUCAGCAUGGAGAUGGCGGAAGGCGGCAAUGUAAUGCAUCAUUGCAAUGAAGUUCUCAACAUCAGCGCCAAGCUCAGCAGCAUCGGCGCCAAGAUGGAGGAUGAGGACGUGGCGAUCUGCUUGUUGUGCAGCCUCCCCAAGAGCUACGAGAACGUCGUGCUGAACUUGGAGAUGAGCAGCGCGGAACUGCGGACGCAAGACGUCGUGAAAGUGCUGACGAAUGAGCACAUCAAAAGACAAGGGAAAAAGUCGACAUCGGUGAAAACUGAAGAAGCGACCAAGGCCUUCAGUACCGAGCGUGAGGUUCGUCAGUGUACGUUCUGCGGAAAAUUGGGGCACACGGUGGAACAGUGCUGGACCAAGCAGAAGGAAGACAAUCGGGGAGCUCGACGCGGCGGCAAUGCACGUGGACGCGGAGCGAAUCAAGUUCAGUGGCAAGGCUACAACGGCAACAGCAACAGCAACUGUGACUAUGAUCGAGUGGCGUUUGCUGUUUCGCUGGAAUGCGGACUUUCAACGACCAAGAGCAUGUGUGGAAUGUGGGCGAUUGAUAGCGGUGCAACACAUCACAUCUGCUAUGACAAGUCCAAGUUCGAAUUUCUGGACGAGCGCAAUGAAGGCGAAGUGUUGGUUGCAGAUGGGAACAAGGCUGCGAUCAACGGUGUCGGGACAAUCAUCGAAAAGGUGACCCUGUCCAACGGUGAAGAGCGCGAAGUCGAGAUCAAGAACGCGCUUUACGUCCCAAGCAUGAACAAGAACUUGCUUUCGAUACCACAAAUCAACAAAAGCGGCAAGUUUCAAGUGGUGUUUGAUGGUGACGAGAUGAAGAUUUCGCACAAAGGCUCCAAGCAAGUAAUAUCGAUGGCCGAUCUUGUGGAUGGCCUCUACUGGCUUCGUACAUCCCAACGAUCGGUGAAUGCGGCUUCAGGACCAAGAGUCGAAAACCUUCAUGCGCGUAUGGGCCACGCACCGGUUGAUGUCUUGUGCAGAAUGGUCUCCAAGGGCAUGAUCAAGGAUGCCAAGAUGCCAACAAAAUUGAGCGGACCAAGCGUGUGUCAAGGUUGUCUAGAAGGAAAAAUGGUUCAACGACCGUUCCCGAGCAAUCCAAACAAGCGCCACUACGAUCCGUUUGAGCUUCUACACAUCGACACUUGUGGUUCAACCGGAUGCAUGAAGGGUUUCAGUCUGCGCGCCAAGUCCGACAGCGAAGAGUGCAUCAAGAAGUACAUCAUGGCAGUACAGACGCCGUUUGACUACAAGGUCAAGUUCGUUCGACACGAUGGUGCACGAGAAUUUGCGGCGAAUUCGCUCAAGGCAUUUUACGAUGAUCAAGGAAUCGAGCAGCAAGUUACCGUUCCGUAUGCGCAUCAGACCAACGGCACGGCGGAACGGGCAAUUCGGACCAUUGUGACGAUCGGGCGCAGCAUGCUUCACUACGCCAAGCUGGACAAGUUUUUUUGA